AUGUCUGGCUAUCAUAGAAGACCAUAUCAAGCACCUUCAUCUAACAGGAAUGGUUAUACGCAUGACCGAUAUUAUCAAAAUAGGCCAUAUGGCAGAAAUACAUAUGAUCCAAAUUCAUCACACCAAGGCCAAGGUACCAAUAGAUAUAAUAACAGGUCAACCCAUGGAGCAUCUCGUUAUUCGAGUGUACCUUCAUCUAGAUACUCAAAUAUACCAGUACGACCUGCUAACGCUAGUGUUUCAGUUAACCAAACUAAUGAGGAGAGUUAUAAUAGACCAGCACCUAUUCUUAAGUAUCAGGAUGAGUUUUUCAAACCUAAAUACCAUUAUUUUGAUCCCAUAUCACAGAUAUUAACUCAUAAGAAGGAUUUUCAUUCCUGGAACCCUAAAGGAGAAUAUCCUAAGGAUGGUUUUACUUUACAACGAGACAACAUAACUGUCUCUGAUAAUAAACAGAUCAAACAGAUUAAGGUAACGAGACGUCCCGAUGUAUUAGGUGAAGAUCCACGUAGCUCACAUUUUGGUCAAACGAAACCCUCCAUGAGGAAAGUGAGAACAUCACUAUUAAAAAUUGGUCGUAUAUCAUAUGACAAAUAUUCUGUUGGGCCACCACCUACCUGUGAGAUAAUUGUAUACCCUGUAUCUUCAGUUAAUUCCAUUCAAGAAAUCCUAAUCAAGAAUCAUUUUAGAAAAUUUGGAGAAAUUUCGCAUUUUGAAAGUUUUAAUGAUCCAAAUAAUGCAUUGCCAUUACAUAUUUAUUUAAUAAAAUAUUCUAGUCCCGAAGGUAAGAUAAAUGAUGCUGCUAGAGCGGCUUAUAUGGCUUCGAAGAGAUAUGAAAAUGAAAAUUGUUCGAUAAUAGGUUCCAAUUUCAAAGUUGUAUUAAAUAAAAAUGGUAUUUUGGAAUCGACAAAGAUAAGAUUUAUAGCUGAGAAUAAAAAAAGGCUAGAUAAAGCAAAACAAGAACAGGAAAGAAAGGAAAAGAUCAAUGCUAUUAAAACCAUUACUGCACCUUCAAAACCUUCUACUUCUUCUUCUUCUUCUUUGGUGAACGGGAAGGAUACCGUAACAGAAAGCGUUGUGCUAGAUAUCGAUGACACGAUUUACAGAAAGUAUUAUAAUACACAAGAUAAAAGAAUACCUUACGACAUUUUACAACUUGUAAAUCAAAGACCCUGUUUGUAUAUUCCGAAGAGGUUUAAUGUAGUCAAUGGUUUUCGUACAGAAAAUUAUAGAUACAAGAUGAGAAAUUACAAAUAUUCAAGAUUCAUUGAUCAUAGUACAGGGAUAUAUAUUGUGUUCAAUGAUUUAAAAGAGGCCAAAAGGUGUUUCGAUAACGAAUCUGAAAAGCUCAUAUUACCUUCUUUGACUCAGAGGAAGUCGGUUGCAGUAAAAUUUGUAUUGAUAAAAGUUGUACCAAAUUCAAUAGGGAAAAGGUUUAAUCCAUCUUCAGGCGGGAAACGUACUACUGAAUCCAAAGUAUCAUAUCAAACUAAGGAUCAAUUAAUAGACGCCGCCAUGAAAAUUAUUAUGACUGAUUUAGAAAAGGCACUUCAUUUGGAUAUCAAAAGAAGAUUAAUUGGCCCAACCAUUUUUGAUUCACUUAAUGCUGAGAACUUUCCUGAUUUAUUGGAACGUAAAAAGCUUAAAGAUGAGGAGAAAAGAAAAGCCAUUGCUGAUAAACGUGCAAAAGAAGAAGAGAGCCGUAAAGAUAGCAGCAAAGAACUCGAUAUUUUCAACUUAUAUGGUGCUCAUUCUAACAAAAAUAGAAUUAGACGUAAUUCGUAUGGAAGCGAUUUUGUCAGAAUUCCAAAAAGGAAGCAAGUUACAAUGGAUAUCACUCCGAUGGCUCAUUUAUUGAAUGAAGAUAGUACAUCUAAAGAGGGAACACCUCUAUCAACCGAUGAGAAUAUUCCUUCCCACACUUCCGAAACAUCUUUGUCAGAAUCAUCAGAAGAAGAAGAAGAGGAGGAGGAGGAAGAAGAAGAGGAAGAAGAGAGUAUUAAACCAAAACUUAAGAAAUCCAAAUUGGAGGAAGGCGAAAUUACUCCCAAAUCACUUUCUGAUACAAAUGAGAACAUUAUUGAAUCUGCAUAUGAUGUUGUUAAUGAAAUUUAUCAACCAAGUAUGACAGAAACUCCUGUGCCGGUGUUUAAAGACACAAUUACUGAUAUAUCGCACGUAACUCCAUUCAUCAUCCAAGAAAUUAUCAAGGACGAUGAGGAUAUCCAACUACUAAUGAAAGUUAUGGAUGUUCAAUCAAAAAUUGAAGAGCCAACAUCAUUGGAAAGUUCAUUAGUUAAUUAUGAGAUUUGGAAAAUGAAAAAAGAGGACACCAAUGAAAGGCUUGUUGAAGAAUCACAACUCAAACUAAACGAUAAUAUCAAAAUGAGUUCUGAGUUGCAACAUCCUGGCACAUCCUUCAAAGCGAAUGGUUAUGUAUCAGUACCAGAUGCUCUAAAAUCAACAUAUUUACCACAUCGUCGCAGAGCUCAUAAACCAUUGAAUACUGUCUAUACCCAUGAUGACAUGAACACAGACAAAAUGGAGGAUCAUGACGAAUCACCAGAGCUAAUUGGUACUUGUGAAGAGGUACUGAAGAAAGAAAAACAAGAUGUAGCUUCAUUAGGAAUUGAAGUAUCUUCCUCUAGAGAAAAUAGAGCCUCCAACAGAAGAUUCCAACAAGAUAUUGACGCACAAAAGGCUGCAAUUGGUACAGAAUCGGAUUUAUUAUCCUUAAACCAACUGAAUAAGAGGCAGAAGCCGGUAACAUUUGCCAGAUCUGCAAUUCAUAACUGGGGUCUAUAUGCCUUAGAGCCUAUUGCUGCUAAAGAAAUGAUUAUUGAAUAUGUCGGUGAACGUAUUAGGCAACCUGUAGCAGAAAUGAGAGAGAAAAGAUAUUUGAAGAGUGGUAUAGGUUCCAGUUACUUGUUUAGAGUAGAUGAAAAUAAUGUCAUUGAUGCGACAAAAAGAGGUGGUAUUGCAAGAUUUAUUAACCAUUGUUGUGAUCCUAGUUGUACAGCCAAGAUCAUUAAAGUUGGAGGUAAGAGAAGAAUUGUUAUAUACGCCCUUAGAGAUAUUGGGAAAAAUGAGGAACUUACCUAUGAUUACAAAUUUGAAAGAGAAACAGAUGACGAGGAGCGGUUAAUAUGUCUAUGUGGUGCACCAAACUGUAAGGGAUAUUUGAACUAG